AUGGCUGACCAGCGCCUACUGGAACGACACGGGGUAACCCAGCUCACUGAUAUUCCCAUGUAUGCAUCAGCACACAGUGACGAGCUAGUACAAAUGGUUAUUGAGCGAGGCGAGGAGAUGCGAGACAUUUGGAAUGCCUUUCCCCAACGGCUUAAACAGGCAUGUAGCCAUGGAGCUGCAAAAUACUAG